AUGCCCUCGUGGUUCAGCUCCACGUCCUCUAACAAUGCAGAAAAUCAAGAAGGUGCGCCGAAAUUUUCACUCAAGAAGCCAGACGGGCAAAGGCUAAGUGGAUUGGAAUUUUUCGAAACGGUAAAGAAAGCAACCGCUAAAGAGGGUUCAGACGAUUUUGUUAUUCCGAAAGAAGCAUUUGAAGCGUUAUUAACCGAAUAUGAUGCUUUGAUUGAGGAAGGUUCAGAAUGGCAGGAUAAAUACAAAAGAUCUCUAGCUGAGACCGAAAAUGUUCGAAAUCGUGGAAUAAAACAAACUGAGGAAGCGAAAGUGUUUGCAAUUCAAGGUUUCUGCAAGGACUUGCUAGAGGUUGCCGACAUUCUCGAUUUGGCCGUAGAAUCCGUAAAACCGGAACAGCUUGAGUCUGGUGACAAAGCCCUCGUGGAUCUACAUAAGGGCAUAGUCAUGACCAAGACUGUAUUGUUGAAAACGUUCAAGAAGCACGGCCUUGUUCAAGUCAACCCUAUGGGAGAAAAAUUCGAUCCCAACUUCCAUGAAGCUGUGUUCCAAGUCCCUGCUGGCAAGGACACGAAGGUUGAGCCAGGCCAUGUGAUGCAUGUCUCAAAGGUUGGAUACUCCCUCAAAGAGAGACCAGUUCGAGCUGCGCAGGUUGGAGUCGUUGUGGAUAGUUAA